UGGCGUCGAAGUGAAGGACGCCCUGAGCAGAAUCCAUACAGUUUGACAAUAUUUCCUACAGUCGACACAUGAAAAUAAGAAUCACUGCCAGCCAUGAGUAACCUUUCGCCGUUUGGAGCCGGUAAAAAUCCGCCGUGGGUUCGUAAUGCAGGUCAAGGAAUUCAAAACAUUCAACAUCAAAUGUUGGGCCAAGCCAUGGGUGGUAUGGGUGGGCAACCGAUGGUUCAGUAUCAACAACAGACGCAACAAGUAUAUCAGCAAAGCCUAGGCCUACAGCAGCCAAACAUUACAAUGGCAUCCAUGGCGAGUCUUGGCUCAAAUUUACCCAGUGGUAUAGCUGGCCAACUUUAUCCACAAGUGGCAACUGUGUCCUACCCUGCACCGCGAGCCCUCAAUACAAAUGCGUUUCAACAGUCUGUGGCAAAUGUUGCGCAACAAGUACAACAGAAUGUUUCCGCCUCUUCUACAAAGCAGCGAGUCUUCACAGGCACAGUGACUAAAGUACAUGAUAACUUUGGUUUUGUCGAUGAAGAUGUUUUUUUUCAAACAAGUGCAUGCGUCAAAGGUUCAAAUCCAGUUGUUGGUGAUCGUGUCCUAGUGGAAGCCUCUUACAAUUCAUCUAUGCCAUUCAAAUGGAAUGCAACACGGAUCCAAGUACUGCCAAUGGGAUCAAAUACUAACAAUGUUAAUCCUCCGCCGGUUCAAAAUCAACCAUCUAGACCUCAGUCGAAUAGGACUUCAGGAAGUUACAAUGCAGUUCCUCCACCAAACGAAAAUUCGGGAAACAGAUUUGCUGGUAACGCUGGUAGCAACAACAGUAAUAAUCGUAACAAGGGCGGAAGAGUUAGAGAACGAUCACCCAGAGAUCGUAGAAACGACGAUGAAGAUGUAGAAAGAAAACGCAGGCGAGAAGAUCGAAUCAGAGAACGUGAAAAAAAAGAAGAGCGGAGCCCGUCAAGGACACGAAGGAGCAAGUCACCAAGACCACGACGACGUACAAGGGUUGUGCCACGAUACAUGGUCCAAAUACCAAAAAUAGCUCUAGAUUUACCCGAAGCCGAUGUGCUAGAAAUUCGACGACGUUAUCAGAACAUGUACAUUCCUAGCGAUUUCUUCUCAACAAACUUUAGAUGGGUAGAUGCAUUUCCGCCACACAUGCCAUUCACGCUCAAUAAGCCAUGUUCUUUCCAUGUAAUGCACAAAGAUGUCGAGCCUUACGUUGAAAAUACGACAGUGCUGGAACCUCCGGAUGCAGAUUACCUCUUUUCAGCAAAGGUCAUGCUCAUGUCUAUGCCUGCAAUGGAAGAAAUUUACAAGCGAUGCUGUGGCGUCACAGAGGAUAGAGAUCCUGAUCGAGAUUAUGUACAUCCGACUCGUCUAAUCAAUUUUUUGGUUGGUUUACGUGGCAAGAAUGAGACAAUGGCAAUUGGAGGCCCUUGGAGUCCUUCUUUGGACGGACCUAAUCCAGAGAAAGAUCCUUCCGUUCUAAUUAGGACAGCAGUCAGGACAUGCAAGGCUUUGACUGGCAUAGAUCUAUCCAAUUGCACACAAUGGUACCGCUUCCUGGAGCUCUACUACAGACGAGCGGAGUCGACCCACAAGUCGGGACGAGUCGUGCCGUCUCGUGUUGAAACCGUCAUACUAUUUCUCCCAGAUGUUUGGAGCUGUGUACCAACCAGACUGGAGUGGGACGGGCUGCAUCUGAACUAUAAGAAACAACUGGAGCGAAAGCUGCUACGAGCUGCCUCUAACCCAGACGAUGCUGAUCCUGCCAAUGACGCUGACGAGGCUGCCGCUGCUGAUCAAAAGGAAGAAUCCAUUACUCAGAAGAAGGCACCCACACACUACUCCGAGCUUGAUCCAAAAACGAUGAACGUUAACGAUUUACGACAAGAAUUGGCUGCUCGUAACUUGAGUUUCAAAGGACUGCGGUCUCAAUUAUUGGCAAAGCUAACAAAAGCCAUUAAGUCGGAGCAGGCCAAGGAAGAGGGACGACAGGAAGAGGCAGAUGAUCCCGAGAAAGAUGAUUCACCACCGCCCAAAGAGGAGCCCAAAGAUGACAAGAAGGUGAAGGAAAAGGAGCACGACGAUGAUAAGAAAAAAGUUUACGAACGUGAGCGAAUUCUUCUUGAAAAACGGUAUUCUCUUCCAGAAGCUUCUCACAUCAUAGUCCAUCCUUCAAGAACUGCAAAAAGUGGAAAAUUUGACUGUACUGUUAUGUCGCUCAGUGUUUUGUUGGAUUAUAGGCCAGAAGAUACAAAAGAACACUCGUUCGAAGUAUCCUUAUUUGCUGAGCUUUUCAAUGAGAUGUUGAUGCGAGACUUUGGUUUUCGAAUUUAUCGAGCAUUGUGCAGUCUUCCAGAGAAAAUCAAAGAUAAAGAAGACGAUAAAAAGAAGGAAAAAAAAGAUGAUAAAAAAGAUGAUAAGGAUCGGAAAAAAGACGACGAAAAGAAGUCCAGAAAAGACGAGAAAAAAGAUGAAAAAAAACGAGAGGGAAGUAAAGAUAAAAAAGAUGACAAAGAUGCUAAAGGGAAAACUGAUGAAAAGGGAGAUAAAGACAAGGAUAAAAUGGAAGAAGAUGAGGAGGAUGACGAAGAAGAAUCUGAGGAUGACAAUGACUCUACAAAGGAUGGAAAAAAAGACAAAGACAAGGAUGAAAAAAAGAGAAAAGCAAAGUUAUUUACACAUGAUCCGUAUCUACUUUUGGCGUUCGUGUAUUUUGAUCAAACACACUGCGGCUAUAUAUUUGAUAAAGAUAUCGAAGAGUUGAUUUAUACUCUUGGAUUAAAUUUGUCUCGAGCGCAGGCGCGAAAGUUGGUACAAAAGGUUGUGACUAGAGAUUCGUUACACUAUCGUAAAUUAACGGACAAAUCUAAGGACGAAGACCUCAAGGAUGAUAAAAAAGAGGAAAAAAAUACAGAUAAACUAGAAAGCAGCGGAUGGGGAGACAAUGAAGAAGUUUUGCGUUCACUUGCUCUCGGAAACAAAAAAUUGCUGCCAGUAUUUGUUGGAAGUGGCCCAGCAUCAAAAAGAGCACGGAGAGAAAAUAGCGAAAAUGGCGAAUGCGAAGGAGAGUCUAUUCCAGAAGGUUUUGUACUUUAUAAGGGCUCGUUGUUAGACGUUGAAAAAUUAGUCAGUCAACUGAAGCGAUCUGAAAAAGCUCGACUUGAUACCGAGGCUCGAAUGAUGGAGCUUCAACAUGAGCUAGGCUCUGUUGGUGAAAAGGCGUCCAAGCAAAGCACGAUGAUAAGAGAUCUUUCAGAAGAUUUGAAGUCAUACAAGGACAAAUUGAGAAACACUGAUGACAAGCUCAAGAAAACCUCGGCUGAAACCCACACGUAUUUGACCUCGCUGAAAAGCAUAUAUCAUAUAGCAGCUAAAGUAAUACCUGAAUCUAAGAGGGUUGAAAUAGUUGAAAUUCAGGACGAGAAAGGAGUAGUUGAAGUAAAUGGUACACAAGCCGAGCACAAAUCUAAGUCAGACAGUCGAUGGAGUGACAACAAAUUGAAUGUUAAAAAAGAACCAUCCGGUGGAGACACUGAUAAAGAAAAGAAGUAAACAUUCGAAAGAGAUUAUUAUUUAUUAGUUAUAAGAUUAUAUCAUUACAGAUUCUUCAUUGUAUCGUCAAAUGAAUUUUUUACGUCGCGGGAAUGAUUUCUAUGCCAGAAAAAGCAAGCUUUGUUUGAAAAAAAGGCAGUAAGCAGAAGUUUACUAGAAAGAAUAGCGAAAGAAAACAAAUUAUGACAUUUCGAAAAAUGUUCCAAAGUGGAUGGAACAAAAUAGUAAAAAAAUGCAUAUGAUCCUUGUUUAUUCGGUGUUUCAGUGCCGUCAGAAUAAACAAUGAGCCAUUACGUUCUACGGCGAAAUUUUCAAGUAAUUUGAAUACUUCGACAUGAUAAAAUUUCGACAUAUGUGUUUUUUGUUCAACACGUGUAACUAAACAGUUUUUAUACUUGCUCAUUGCCAAUUGGGUUUAGUUCCUGCAUAUACUGAAAAAUUUAGAUAAAGAAAGAAGUAUAUCUAGUUACCCUUAGUAGAAUAAGCUUUUAAGUCCAUUCUUGUGUUUCAUCUAAGUGUACAAUCGACAGUCUCGUUAUACAAAUAAUACGUACCCCCCUCCCAACCAUUUGAAAUAACGUACCCUUCGAAGAUCCUGUUCAACAACAAACAGUAGUUGAUUUGUAAUGUUUUAGUUGGAUUAUAAUCUGAAAAAGCAGCAGUGUUGAAUUUGAGUUAUUUAUGUUCAGCGGCUCGUGGCAAACGAAGAAGUAUGUAUAAACUACUUUAUUUACGGAAACACAUACAUGCGUAAAUGUAAGGUGGUGAAUAAACGAAAGUGUUUUAUAAUGAA